AUGGCCUCUGAAGCUCCCCAUCAAGAUGCAGCAACAACAGAAACAACAAACUGGAAACCCCACCGACCAACAACGCCAUCCCUAAACUCCUUCCCCAAUUCGCCCCCCUCUCUCGAUCCAUCCAACUACCCUCAUGGCAAAAAGUCCCUCUCCGGCAUCUCUCUCCGCGCCUUUCUGAUCGGGACCACUCUCGGCCUCUCCCUCUCCCUCACCAUCUUCCUCUUCCCAACCUACUACCUUUGGCGCGUCCCCUUCUUCCUCGCGUCGCUCUGCCUCUUCCACUUCCUCGAAUACUACGUCACAGCCGAAUACAACACGCGCUACGCUUCCAUCUCCGCCUUCCUCCUCUCCUCCAACGGCUGGGCCUACAACGUCGCCCAUUCCUCCGCGAUCCUCGAGUGUCUUGUCUCCUAUUACUUCUGGCCCCGCGAUAGCUAUUUCUCAUGGACAGGCCCGGUGUUCGGGGUUAUAAAGCUGCAGGUGCUGCUGGGCUUGGUGAUGAUGGCGAUCGGGCAGGCCACGCGCACGCUCGCGAUGGCCCAGGCGGGCAGUAACUUUAACCAUACGGUGCAGGUUGAGCGCAAGGACGGCCAUAUCCUUGUCACGCAUGGAUUGUAUGCGAUUCUCCGGCAUCCGAGCUACUUUGGCUUUUUUUGGUGGGGGUUGGGGACGCAGUUGCUCCUAGGGAAUGUGGUUUGUUUGGUUGGGUAUGCGGUGGUUUUGUGGCAUUUUUUUAAUAGCCGCAUUGCAAGAGAGGAACGCUUCCUGAUUGCGUUCUUUGGAGAUGAGUAUGUGCAGUAUAGGAAGAGAUCUUGGGUGGGUAUUCCUGGUAUUCCGUGA